AUGUCUCUAGGAACAACUGUUAUGACAACAGCCCGAAAGGCGGCAAAAAGAACAAAGAGGAAUUUGGGGACGGAGGCGGAGGCCGAUAAUGAAAUACGACUUUGGGGAGAAUUGGAAGAAGAUGAAGAUGAGACAAUGAGCGGGACAACUGACCAAUCAUUUGGGGAGAGGCGGAGGGGAGGAACGGGGUUUGGAAUUUUCAAAAUUUUGAAAUUUCAAAGCACAAAAGGAGGCGAAUCAAAACGAACCCGUCAAACCUACUCAAGGAGUCAAACCCUGGAAUUAGAAAAAGAAUUCCAUUAUCACAAAUAUUUGACCCGAAAGCGGCGACAGGAAAUUUCAGAGACCCUUCAUUUGACUGAAAGACAGGUGAAAAUUUGGUUUCAAAACCGUCGAAUGAAGCAUAAAAAGGAGGCGAAGGGCGAGGGCGGAAGCAAUGAAUCCGAUGAGGAAUCGAAUCAAGACGAGCAAAAUGACCAGCAUUCUUCUUGA